CGCCUCGGUUCUCUUUCCGUCGGACGCCUUGUGAGGUGGAGGCAGCCUGGGGUUCGGUCGCUUCUCCUUCUAGUUUCCUCUUCGCCGCACACGAAUCAAGGCUAAGUUUUUCGAGCAGCAAACAUGGUGAAGAAGAGUAAAAAGAGCAAGAGUAAGAGGGUAUCUCUUAAGAAGAAGUACAAGAUAAUAAGGAAGGUGAAGGAACACCACAGGAAGAAGGCGAAGGAAGCAAAAAAACUCGGAUUAAACAAGAAAAAGAAGGUGGAGAAGGAUCCUGGGAUUCCAAAUGACUGGCCUUUCAAGGAACAAGAGCUAAAGUCACUCGAGGCUCGUAGGGCACGUGCACUGGAGGAGUUGGAGCAGAAAAAGGCUGCUAGAAAAGAAAGGGCUAAGAAGAGGAAAAUGGGUUUAGCUGAGGAUUCUGAUAUGGCAGAUCUGGCUUCACUAGCUUCUGCAAAAGAGCAUGAUUUUGCAAAUAGGAUUACCACAGAUGAAUUCUCAGCUGUUGCUAAGAGCCAUGAUCAUUCUGAAAGAGCUUUCUACAAGGAAUUGAAGAAAGUUGUAGAAGCAUCGGAUAUAAUAUUGGAGGUUCUUGAUGCACGUGAUCCCCUUGGUACUCGUUCCGUUGACUUGGAAAAUAUGGUGUUAAAGUCAGAUCCAAAUAAGCGUAUUGUCUUGCUUUUGAACAAGAUAGACCUUGUUCCUCGAGAGGCAGUGGAGAAAUGGCUCACAUAUCUUAGAGAAGAGUUACCUGCUGUAGCUUUUAAAUGUAGCACACAAGAACAAAGAUCAAAUUUGGGGUGGAAAUCAUCAAAAUUAUCAAAGGUUGCAAAGCCAAGCAAUGUUUUGCAAACAAGUGAUUGCCUUGGAGCUGAUACUCUCUUAAAGCUGUUGAAGAAUUAUUCCAGAAGCCACGAGCUUAAGUUAUCAAUUACUGUGGGUAUUGUGGGGCUUCCUAAUGUUGGUAAGAGCAGUUUGAUAAAUAGCUUGAAGAGAUCACAUGCUGUUAAUGUUGGUGCCACUCCGGGGCUAACCAGGUCAAUGCAAGAAAUUCAGUUAGAUAAAAAUGUGAAGCUGCUAGAUUGCCCUGGUGUUGUAAUGCUCAAGUCUGGUGAGGAUGAUGCAUCUAUAGUCCUUCGCAACUGUAAAAGGAUUGAAAAAUUAGAUGACCCAGUCAGUCCAGUAAAUGAGAUUUUCAAGCUUUGCCCAGCCGAAAAAUUGAUGUCUCUGUACAAGUUGCCAAGCUUUAAUUCAGUUGAUGACUUCCUUCAGAAGGUAGCAACUAUUAGGGGUAAACUGAAAAAGGGUGGAAUAGUGGACAUUGAAGCUGCUGCAAGGAUUGUGCUGCAUGACUGGAAUGAGGGUAAAAUACCAUACUACACGUUGCCUCCUACUAGAGACCAUGAGGACAAUUUAGAUUCAACAGUUGUUCCACAAUUUGGGAAAGAAUUUGAUGUUGAUGAAGUUUACAAGACUGAAUCUUCACUUAUUGGUUCUUUAAAAUCAGUUGAAGAUUUUCAUCAUAUUGAAGUUCCUCCUCAUUCCCCAGUUAACUUUGAUGCACAGAUGUUAGAGGAGGAUGGCAAAAAACAGAAUGCAGUCACCACAGAUGAGGAUCAACCCAUGGCUUACGAUGGGAAAGAUACUGUAGAAAUGAAAACCAACUCCGGCAGCAGUCAAAAUGACAAGUUAUAUGCCGCCGAAGGCAUACUUGACCCACGCAAACGGAGAGCGGAGAAAAAGAGGAGAAAGGCCCACAAAUUGAACAAAACAAAUGAAAUGGAUGCUGAUUAUGAUUUCACAGUGGAUUAUCACAUGAAAGAUCAGCCUCCGGAUAUGAUGACAGCAGGCGAGGAUGAAAGCAAUGGGGAGGAUGACAAGAUCAACAAAGAGGUUCCCAUGAGUGGAGUUGAGUUUGAUGCAUGAACGUCCCACUAGUGGAGUUGAGUUUGAUACAUGAAGUUGUAUGGUUGCUGACCGGCCUCUACCGCUGCGAGUGCUUCACUCUCUCGCCAAGUUUUUGUGAGGUUGAAAUCGUGCUGACACAACCUCUUAGUUUAUACUCCCUCCCGCGACCAUCUGAUCUGAUCUGUUAUCCAUGAAUACUUCAAUUGGUGUUUAUUUGUCAGCCAUGACCUGUGGAGACCUGUGGGAUUUUGUCAGUAGUUACUUGAAGCGAGCCUCAUUAUUCGGUAUGCAUAUGAUAUCUGUAUCAGAUUUUUCUUUAUAAAACAUGUUGUCUACAUUAUUUCUUGAGAUAAUAGUUCAGUAGAUAUUGUUUUCUC